GGACUGCUGCAGCUGAGCGGCUGGACAAACCAUACUGUUGCGCAUCCAGAGGGUUUGCUGUACUAUCGGCUGGGGUUUUCAUAUUGUGUUGAUUUUACUCUUGUUUUAUUGCUACUUGCUAUCGAUCGCGUUCAUUAAUUAGUGUAAUUGCUUCCUAUGUCUCUAAUAAGUUAUUGGUUGAAUUUUGUUUCUUGAUUCUUUCUCAUCCAGAUUUCCUCACACUCACCUCUACACGCAGCGUACCUUCGGUCUGGGCGUUAACUUCCCCAUAUUUUUACUUAUUCUGUAACUUACUAAACAUAUCCCUGCUGUCUGGUUGAGUUGCAAACCACAGGAAACAACUCCAAAAAUCUGAGGUCGCUGCCUAACAUUAUCGAACAAUCGUCAAGGGAUCAACUGCAAUAUACUAGCUCUUCAGGUUAAUAUUAGAUAAGUUGUUUUUGACCUACUAGAAUGACGGUGUCAGAUGAUAGCAGUGUUAAUCGCGAAAAGACAUGUCCACUGUUGCUAAGAAUGUUUUGCAGCACAAAGAAACAUAAUAACGUUUUGGAGUAUUCUAGAGGUCGUACUCCAAUAAAUGAACUUCAAGUAUAUACGUGGUUUGAUGCUACUCUAAGAGAACUUGCAUCUCUUGUUAAACAAGUUAAUCCAGAAUCCCGUCGAAGAGGAACGUUGUUUGAUUUCGCCUUGGUUUUCCCGGACCAUCGCUCACCAGUGUACAGAAUGCGGGAAUUGGGUACAGUUUGUUCUGGUUCUCCUUCCGAUACAGAUCGUAUCAUGUUGAAAGAUGUACAAUUUACAAUUGGAGAUAUGAUUGAUGUAGCUAUCACACCACCUUUAACUGAUACGAAUAUUGCAUUUAUUAAAAACGAUUCAUUAAUACUAGAAUCGAGUCGUCGUUUAUCAAAACAAACUAAUCCUAUCAUUCGUAAUCGUCGUUCACAUGAAAAAUAUCAUGAACAUCCUCCUAACAAUAAUAAUGAUAACAAUCCUGAUUUGGAGUCUUCUAAAUAUCGUCGACAUGUAAACAAUGUUAAUUUACCUUCCCAAGAUAGAGCAGAGAAAUCAGAAUCUGGUAAGGAGUCAAGAAUCGAUAAGUCGACUGAUGGACGUUAUAGCUACAAAACAAGUGCCCGUCGAGUUGUACCGUAUUGAUGAACACAAUAACUCAGUGUGCAUGUGUCAAAUAACUUUUAUACAUUAUAUAUAGUAAACUUUCAUUGUAUAUUCGUUCAAUGACUUAAAUAAAUAAUAUAUACACCAUUCUGAA